UGCGAUAUUGCAGGGUGUGGGUGUGGGUGUGGGUGCGGGUGUGGGUGUGCGUGUGAGGAUGUGGGUGUGAGGGUGUGGGUCUGGGUGGAUGUGUGGGUUUUCUUUCCUUCCAACACCCACUCACACCGACGCAUACCCAUACCCGCACCCAUACCCGCACCCACGCCCACACCCACACUCACACUCACACUCACACCAACACCCUCUAACUUCAUUACAGGUCCCUGGUGAAUCACUGUCGUAAUUCCCCAGUGGAGUUUUCGUGGAAACUCCCCGGAAAUCUUCUUCGGCAGAGGCCACUAGGGUACUUUAAGAUCAAAAUAAAUAGAAAUCUGAAGUGUCUCCACAAGCUAUCAACCUGUUGACUUCUAUCAAACGACGCAAAGAGGUUAUGAAUUGGUCAUUUAUCUGGUGUUAAACAACAAACAAAUGAUUAUUAUUAAUAAAUUCUUGUUUCUUUUUCUUUUUCCUUAGUAGUUCAUUGAUUUAGACAAGGUAAUAACGCCAUUGUCAUAUUUUGCCAAACAUGAUGCGAUCUUGUUCCAUGCAUUUUAGAGAUUUGAGAAAUGUUCAUGCAUAUUUUGUUGUAAUUCAAAGUACCUUGAAGGUACUUUGAUGUAAUUUCAAGUACUUUACAGGUACUUUGCUGGAGUUUCAAGUACUUUUGUACUUUGACGUACUUUAUGUACUUGAAAUCCGCUGUUUCCCCCUUGACUCAUUCACACCCACAUCUACACCCUAUUCAGUCAAGAGUAAAACGAGUCACACAAGGAGCUGUAUUUAUCUCUCAAAUGAUUAUUAACGGGAGAAAAGAAAAGCACUGUUUGAAUGUUAAUGGGCACAUGCGGCUGAAAAAAUUGAAAGAAAUUCAAUCUAAGCCAUGUAGACGCAAGAAAAUGAUUUUGCUUCUUCAAUCAACAGAACCGUCUAUCGCUGUGAAUAUUUCUUCAAAUGAUAAACCUUCACUACGAAGGAAAGAACGAAGGUAAAUAUUUCAACUGUUAAAUUUGAGGCAUUAUUUUUCUAGAACAAAGUAAUCGAUUUUGAUGACGUUGUAUAAUAUCAUUGUUUUGUAUCUUGUUCUUGUCAAAUAUUAAUAUCCAAAAUUCUGAAUCCAAAUCAUCAAAUCGGACAAAUCUCAAAAUCUUUUUUUUGAAAUCUAAAAAGGCUCACAAUAUAUUUUCAGAAUUCAUUUAAACCAUUCCAAGUAUACUAUACUUGAAUAGUUUAUAGAAAAACAAUAUUGUUUAUACUAACAAAGUAUAUUUAUAAGAAGAGACGUAGUAAAUACAAUUCAAAGCACGGAUCAAUUAUGUGUUUCAUUCGUUAUCUAGACAGUUUGUUUUACAACACCUUUUUUCUUCUUUUCAUAACUAUGAGCUUCAAAACUUGCUGUAGUUUUUGCAACAGAAAUUCAUUAGCUUUUGAACAUGAUGAAUCUGAAUUGAAGCAAAUUUCUAGUUCAGUUGCGAGGAGUUUUGCUAACAUCUGACUUCGUUGAUUAUCAAAGUGAUAUCACCAUCGACAAUUAAGAACUUUUUCGAGAUGAAUUAGUACAAGAGUUUGAACAUAAAGACGGAACUGAGUUCAAUGGGUUGAAUUAGGCUUAGAUCUAGAAGAUAAAAUUAUCGUUUGUGGAUUAUAUUAAGUCUACUUCUUGUUCUUUUGUUUUCUCACAUGAAUCACUAUUAUGGUCAAUAUGUUAAGAGAUCCUUGCUUCAAAAUACCACAAGAACCAGAAAAAAAUUUGUUAAAACCUGGAAUUUUUCUGAAAAACUUUAGUAAUAUUGUCGAUCAUUCUAUUUGCACUUCCUGAUUUCGGAAAUUGCUGAGGACAAAUACUUUUGUACAGUAGCUUUGUUCAGAUGUUACUUCUUGAGUUUUGACUACUCUCGAACAAGUACGAACACAUCUGAGCCCAUCUGACUAUACAUAUUUGGACAUUCUUUUCAGUAUCUAUGAUGUACAGAGACCGAAAGUUCACAAACUUUAAGAGAAAGAAAAACAUUACAUGUAUCUACUGUUACCUAGUACACUGUUGUUGCUUAUAAAAAUGCAAAGUGUGACGUAACCGCUGUCACUGUUCACAGUGGCACUCAAGAUCGAGCAUAGAGAGGAUAACAGAAGUUCUUUUUGUUUCUUAGGAUAGCUGUGCUCUGUGAAGUACUAGUUGUCGUCAAAAAAAAUGAAAAAGAUAAAAUUUUGAUUUUUCAAUUUAGUUUCAAACUGAUUAUACACUAGCUUUUUUUUCUCUGAAAACAAUAAAAUAAUACUAAUAGAAUGGUAAUCAAGUAGUAAUCCAAUGGAGAUUUUCGAGGUGUAAUACAAACUUUGUAUUAGAAAUGAAUACAUGAUAAUAUUAUAACUAUCUUCUGCGUUGAAUAAAGCUUGAAAACUAACAUUAUGUAUCCUCUUUUUUGUUCAAUUUUUAGAAACUACUGUGCACCUCAGUUUUUCUCCCCUUUAGUAUUUUGUAGUAUUUUUCACAAGACCUUUUUAAUUUAUUAACUUCUUAUAUAUAGAAAGAAAGCUCAAAACGUGCUGCAUCUGGUGGUCUAUUUACAUUGAACAAUGAAUAAAGUUUGAAGUAUAAAAAGUGUAUUAGAAAAAGACGUGACUUUUUUUUACUACAAAAAAAUUGAUCAAAAUCUUAAAAUGUAUGAGAAGUCACUAGCUUUUAUAAUAAAUUUUGAUUGAAACGAAAUAGAUAUUUGUGGUUUUCACCGUUAGAAAGGAUACAUCAAGAUUAAUCGAGUUCUCUACUUCGCAUCGUUUUGACAAGUUUUAUUAGGUUCUUUAGCGAACUUGCCUCCAAAAAUGGAGACUUCAACUAAGGAUAAUAUAAAGUUUUUUCAAAAAAUACGAAAAACUCGAUUUUUGAAGAAACGCUUGCUAAAGACUAUAACAAAACUUGUCAGAAAUAUACAAAGUAUAGAAUUCGAUGCAUCUUUAUGCCCUCUAUCCAAAGGUAAAAACCACAAAUUUCUAUCUCGUUCCAAUCAAAAAGUUAUCCUAAGAACUAGUGACUCUUCAUACAUUUUAAGAUUUUGAUCAAUUUUUGUAGGAAAAAAAUAUCACGUCUUCUUCUAACACACUUUUUAUACUUCAAACUUCAUUUAUUGUUCAGUGUAAAUAUACCAUCAGAUGCAGCACGUUUUGAGUUUUCUUUCUAUAUAUAAGAAGUUAAUAAAUUAAAAAAGUCUAGUGAUAAAAUCUAAGAAAUAUAAAAAGGGGACAAUGAUUCGAGGUGUGCAGUAUUUUAUUACUUGUUUUAAUGGUUUAUUACUUAGUACCAGUAAUAGUAAUUUAUCAGCCAUAAUACUCUGAUACUAUUUAUACCUCUGUAUCACUAGAUACGAGGUAAAUAAUAUACCCUUAUACUACUCACACCGCCAAUACCGCUAUGUUGGUAUACAAAUAUAACCUUAUACCACAAAUACCACUGUAGCUGUAUAAAACAUACCCUUAUGCCGCUUAUACCGCUAUACCGCUGUAGCGAUAUAAAAAUAUAACAUUAUACCAGUAAUCCCACUAUAGCUGCAUAAAGCCAUACCAUUAUACCACUUAUACCGCCGUACCGCUAUAAUGGUAUAAAAACUUGUCCUUGUACCGCUUAUACCACUAUACCGCUAUAAAAUAGAGCGAUACAAGUUUGAUCUGUCAAAAAAUGAGAUGAAUUUAAAGAAUGUUAUUUUACCAAAAUUCAAAUCUCUCAUCAUAUGCUUUUUUUCCGAAUUUUGAGUGGGCCAAUUUCCUUUCAACAGUUUUAAUAAGGAGCUGUUCGUCUCCUUCUUCUGUCCCUGUUUUUUUUCUUACAAUAUUCUCAUCAUUCUAUUCCAUUCUUCACCAACUAUUUAUAAGAACGAUGCGACGAUUUUUUUUUGUUUUUUUAAUGCUUCUAAUCUUUUUGACCAAAAACUUAAAAAGAGUAUGAAGAAGAAGUCUCUUGAUAUUACAAAUCAAAUGCUGGGUAUAUCUAUUUGUAUUUUAUGUUGGUGAUGCUUGGAUUGAGCAUUUUAUAUUUUUAUGAUAGAUAUAUAAAACAAUGAUCAUUUGUUUUCCUUUAUUUUAGUAAUUUAUUUCUACUUUGUCGGUUUUGAACAAUAGCAAAUUAUAAUACAGCUGACACCUUAUGUACCCAAAUUGAUACAAAUCAGGAUAGACGGUAUAAAUUAAGAAUUUAAAUCAAAUAAUAAAUACAUAUAUACAUAUUUAGUUUUGAUAAAUGUGAAUUUUGUAAUCGGUUUUCAAAUACUGAAGGAUUGACUACAUCAAGUGAAUCCAUGGCUGGUACAUUUAAUCGUUAUGAUGAUACUACCAAUCGAUUUAGUCGAUACGGAUAUAAAGAUAAUUUUCAAGAUGAUUUGGGAUAUAUGGAUGAUAGACAUAAUUCAUAUGGAAAUAGGAGAUGGAUUGAUGAUACGGUGAUUGAUACAUAUAGUCCAGAAGAAACCAAUUGUUAUCUGGAAAAAUCAGGUUCGAAUAUUUAUCAUGAUCCUAAUCCAAAAAUUAUUCGACGAACCGGAAAUGCAAAUCCAGUAACACUUGAACAACGAGUUCUUGUUCGAUAUCUUCAACCGCCAGCUGUACCACCACCAGGACCAUUCAUUAUCAAAGAAGUCCGUCCACGACAACCAUCACCACUUCCACCACUUGUCAUACGCGAAUAUGCACCAUCUCUGCCUUCACCACCUCCACUUAUCUUACGUGAAUGUCCACCAACACCACCAAAACAUAUUCCUAGUGAAAGAGUUUUUCGUACCUUACCUGCGUUACCUGUUCCACCACGAUCAGUUAUUAUCGAACGUUUUCCACCUCCUCCAGAAAAACCACGUGAUAUUAUAAUUGAACGAUGGAUUCCGUAUGGACCUCCACCUGAAAGACGUACGAUUGUUGAACAUGCUCCUCCUGCUAUAGAAUAUCCACAACCAUCAAAUACUAUUAUUAUUUGUCCUGCUGCUGACACUCGUAUAGUUCAAAAAUAUCAAGAACUUGGUGUCACUCCAGAAGAUCCUGAAUCUUAUAGAGCUCGUUAUGGGUCAUCACUUUUAGAUCCAGUAAAACUUGUACAACAAGCUCGCAACGCUGGUGUUCUUGAAGAUAUAACGCCUCCAGCACGAUCAGCUUUAUUACAUACAAGUACAUGUGGAUAUUCUACUUAUUUUGAUCGAUCGAAUACUAUAAUUAAUAGAGACUAUUCAUCGACAGUUCGAACUACUAUGGAAGAAUACCAAUAA